CUCUUCUUCGGCAACUGUGCCUUUCUUCAAUGCUUUUUCUUGUAAAGUUGAGCAACUGUCACAUCUCACUGGGUUGGGUUUCUGUUUUUUUCUUUAAAUAUAGUGUUUUAUUUAAAGAAUUCCUGGGACGGUUUGGAGUUUUUGUUUUUGAUAAAUUUUUGAAAGAGACAUAUCCCUGAAGAUCAGGUGAUUACUCUGUUCUUGUCUUCUUAGCUUGGGCAGUUGGAAGGUGCCUAAGUAGAAAAAAAUAGAAGAGAAAAGAACCUAUAUUUCAAGAGGCUAAGAUAAAUUGCCUCUGUUUCAGGGAACCUGGUUUGCUUGUGUAUUUCCUUUACUUUGCUCGUAUCACUAAUUCUCAUAUUUUUCUCAUUUGAUCCUUACUUUUUAUGACCAAAAGGAUCAAAAGGUUGGUUGGAGGUAGAAAACUCUCUCUCUCUCUCUCUCUCUCUCUUCCCUUCUGGUUGAUGUGUCAAGACAGGGAAAUACCCCCGUCGAGGUUGGUUGAAUAGGUUCGAGAGCCAUCUUUUUCUAGCUUUCGAUUAAUUUAAUGCAUUUUUUUUAUUGCUUUGAAUCCAAUAUGUUAGAAUGUAGUCCAUUAUUCAGCCAUCAUAUUUACUGCCUUCUUCAAUUGGCAUCUUGCAUAGGCUUCAUCAUUCUUUCAUGUAUAUAGGCAAUUCUUUUGAGAAAAAGAAUACAAGAUACAAAAAGUAAUAAGCAUAGUAGCAAUUUCUAUUUUGUUUUUGGAGGGUUCCAAAUUUCAGGUUAUUGUUGCAAGUCAAAUGAAUUCCAUGGAGGAGAUAUCUCCUGCAGUUGGUGUUCCAUUUAGCAUAGACAAAAUGAUCUGCAACAGGUCACCAGUAACAGCCCACAUGGAAAUUUGUGGGCUAAAGCGUAUGGCAGAUAAAGCAACUUUGAUAUCAAACCCCGCAAGGAAGCCAAAUACACCUGUUGAGUCCGUUCCUUGCAAGAAUGAGGGUAAUGACACCAAUGGUACACCGAGUGGAAUUCGCCAUGUAGCAAUUGCUGAAGAUGUGAAUUCUAGGGACAACUUUAAUGAGCGAAGCAAGGACUUCACUUUAAUACCAUUAGGUGAUGACCAAUUACCUGAAAAUUUAUGUUCUCAAUCUCUGGAUUCAGAAACUAGGAGUAUCUGUUGUGAGGAACCUUUGGCUUUGGAUGAUACUAAAUCCAAUAGGGAUUCAAUGGAUGUUGAAGAAAUAAUUGGUAAUUUUGAAAUGAUUGCAAAUUCCCAUGUGAGAAAAACGAGUGUUGAAUUAGAGCCUGUGGAUGAUAUUGUUUCAGUUGAGGCAGACAGUAAGGGUGAAGAUGGCUAUGGUUCUGAUCCAAAAUUAUAUGCUGUGCCUCCUGAUGUGCCGGAAGAAAAGAAGAUCACCAUGACAGGUAGCCUGAGUACCUUUGAAUUGUAUAACAUACCACUUUGGGGAUUUACAUCUACGUGUGGAAGGAGACCAGAGAUGGAAGAUGUUUUUGCCGCUGUGCCUAGAUUUUUUCAUAUUCCUACUCAAUUGCUAAUGGAUGAUCUUGUUAAUGGCAUGACCCAGACACUACGUUACUUCACUGCGCACUUUUUUGGUGUCUAUGAUGGACAUGGGGGCUCUCAGGUUGCUAAUUAUUGCAGCAAGCGUAUUCAUUUGGCUCUGGCCAACGAGCUAGAAAUUGCAAAAGCAGGCUUGUGUGAUGGAAGCACUGGAAGUAGUUGGCAGGAGCAGUGGAAGAAAUCCUUCUUAAAUUGUUUUCUGAAAGUUGAUGCUGAGACAGGAGGAUCAUGCAGGGGCAUCACAGGAAGUAAUGGUUAUCACUCUGAGUCUGAGGCUCAAAUUGAACCGAUUGCCCCUGAAACUGUUGGUUCAACUGCAGUGGUUGCCAUUGUUUGUCCAACUUACAUUAUUGUUGCAAAUUGUGGCGACUCGAGAGCAGUUCUGUGUCGUGGAAAAGUAGCUAUGCCAUUGUCAGAAGAUCACAAACCAGACAGAGAAGAUGAAUAUGCAAGGAUAGAGGCAGCAGGAGGCAAGAUCAUACAGUGGAAUGGUUCUCGAGUUUUCGGUGUUCUUGCAAUGUCAAGGUCCAUAGGUGAUAGAUAUUUGAAACCAUGGAUUAUCCCUGAUCCCGAAGUGAUGUUUGUUCGUAGAGCAAAAGAAGACGAGUGCCUUAUCCUUGCAAGUGAUGGUUUGUGGGAUGUCAUGACAAAUCAAGAGGUAUGUGACAUUGCAAGAAGAAGAAUCCUUCUUUGGCAUAAAAGAAAUGGUGAUGCAUUGUCUGCAGAAAGGGGCGAGGGAAUCGAUCUUGCUGCUCAAGCUGCAGCAGAAUACCUCUCCAAGCUUGCGCUUCAGAAGGGGAGCAAAGACAAUAUCACUGUUAUUGUGGUGGACUUAAAAACUCAACGGAAAUUAAAGAAGAAAGCUUGAUAGUAAAUAGUGUGCUCACCCUCAUCAAUUGAAAAAUUUUCAAUUACUAUAGUAAGUGAUAAAGGGAAUAUAUCCUUUUCUUCAUAACUUCAUAUGUAUCUAAAGAAACUUGAUUUAGCCCAUCAAUUUUUAUCAUUUGGGCUAAACGUAAUGUCUGUCAUUGCUCUUUUCUGCUAAUCUGAAGCAGCUUUUUAAUCUGUA